AUGGACAUUGAAGAGUUACAUCGACUAAAUACAUGUAGUUCGGAGAUUUCCUCUUCCUCCUCUUCUACUAUUACUACAACUAAUGAAACUAUUAGUAUGGAAAGUAUUAGUACCGAUAGUAAUAAUGAACAUAACGAAAAUAAUCUUUUUCAAAGUUGUUCUAUCUACUUGAAUAAAAUUUUUUCUGGGAAAGCAAACCAAAUGACACUGGAGCCAACAAUUGAACCCCUGAGACUUGUGGACAAGAAGUUAAAUCGGGAUUUUAAAAACGAAACUUUUGAUUUGGACAUGGAUAUGGAAAAUGAAAAUGUCAGUGUAAACACCAUUAAAAAUAAUAGCAAGUAUUCGGGUGAUGAAACCCCCAGCAAUUACCAAUCUAUUUCUAAAACUUCACGUAAUAGUAUUACGGCACCCGCUUCCGUCACUACUAUCCGCAAUAAUCAUAAUGGUAAUGUUUUACAAGAUUCUACUAAUAUUUUUAAUAAUAAUAAUAAUAUUUCUUCAAAACAAUCAUCUAUUAGUAAUCCAAAACCUCGCAGGGUCGUAAGUACUAAACUAAUCAACAUCCCAAAAGAUCCAAUAGAACCAUUAGUUAACAAAAGCCAAAUUGUAAAUGAUCAUAUAAUGACAUGUGAAACAGGGAAAAAAGAUAAAAAGAAAAAGGGGGGAAUGUUGUCUGAUAAAGAAAAACGAAAGGAUAAUAACAAAGGAAAUAAUAUUGACUCUAUUACUUGUUAUAAUGAGAAUAGUGAUAGAGUUGGAAUGGUUGAUUUUCCAGGAUCUUUUUCUUCAAUUUCCAACAAUAUUUACCCCUCUGAAUCCAAAAAUGAAAUACAAAAAAUUCAGGAGAAAAAAAAUAUUGUUUUGGGUAAUGAACUUGUAGGCGCGGAUGAACAUAAAAAAGCUGAAGAGUUGGUUGGCGUAUCUGAACAUAGUACUGACCAAGAUGAAAGCAAACAUAAGUACAAAAAUAAAGAUAAAAAUGAAGACAAAAAUAAAAAUAAAAACAGUAGUGGUACUGUUAUACUAACUGUUCAAACCAAAGAUAACGAUACUGUCAGCAUAAGUCGACCAGAAACCCCUACACCUUCAUCAGUCAAAAAGUUGACCAAAGUGGCUCCGUAUAAAGAAUACUGUGAAAAUUAUGAUGAUAAAAAUAAUAACUGUAAUAAUAUUAUGUCAGAAUCUACUCCUUUAAACAAACUGCAGCAACAGCAACAUUUAAAAUUUAACAGUGGCCUAAUCGGUAACACAAUUGGGGAAGUUAUCCUUGAUGUCCAGUCCCUAAAAGCAAAUUUGAACAAAUCACAACAUGAUUACAUAAAAAAAAUUAAAGGCCUAGAAGAACUUAUCGAAGAUAAAAAGCGAAGUGAAAUUCAAAAAUUGAACGAAAUGAAUACUAAAAAUAAAUGUUUAGAAAAAAAAAUUGAAUCCCAAGAAAGCAUUUUCAAUGAUAUAUUCAAAAUUUUGCAAAUACAAAAUGAUCCUAAUCCCUCCAGUUCCGUCGUAAACGUUAUAAAAAAGAAUUUACUUGAUCUUACGCAGAAAGACAAAAAAGUUGAAGAAUUAGAUGGCACACUCAGUAAACUAAAAAUCAAAUGCGAAGAAAUAGAAAAGGAAAAAAAUACAUCCAUUGACAAACUAAAGGAAAAAGAAAGGGAAGAACGUUUUAAACAUGAAGAAAUAAUUCAUGGUCUAAAGCAACAAAUAGAGAGCUUGACUAAUGAACUCGAAGAAAGCAGAGGGAAAAAUAAAGAGAUGGAGGACACAGAAAUGAAAAAUAAGGAAAAAAAUGAGAAAGAAAAGGAAAUGAAAGAGACGGAAAUUAAAAAAUUAAAUGAUACCAUAACCGCAAAUGCUGAAGAAAUCGAAAUGUUAAACACUGCUUUAGUAGAUUUACAAGAUAAACAAUUGAAAUCAGGUAAACUUUUAGACGAGGCUACCUUUAAAUUUGAGGACAUUUCUAAAAAACUUUCUUGUUUUUUUCUAUUUAAAAUACCACUUGGUGAUUUAAUAGAAAAAAAAAUUUGCCAGCCGCAACUAGAAGAAUUCAAUAUAGAAACAGUUUUAUAUGAAAAGUAUAGCAUUAAACGAUUCUACACAAAAGAAGAUAUGGAAAUGUUAAACAAGGUCGUUGAAACUAAAGCAAACAUUCAAAAACAAAUUGCACAUUUGGAGCAGGAGAAUGCACUAAAAACAAAAGAGAUCCAGAAACAAAUUGAAGAAAAUGUGACCAAAACAGAAGAAAUGAAGCAAUACAUUGAAGAAAAUAAGCUUAUGACAAAGGAAGUCAAAAGAUACAGUGAAGAAAAUAAAAAAUUAAAAGAUGAACAAAUUUUGUUGUUAAAAACAUUGAAAGAAAAUGUUAAAGAUUUACCAGAUAGUCUAGAAAAAAAAUUGAAAUCACCUAUUGAGUAUCUAACCAAAUCACAAACCAAAAAUAUGCAAACGUACACCACAAACAUCAAAGACUUCAAAAAAGCUUUGAAUAAUUGCUCUAACAAAGAAGAAAUAAGUAAGUUAGAUUCUCAGCUUUCUGAGUUGAAUAAAUUAAGCUCAACAAUUACGAUAUCUGUACAAGAGAUCAAGUCCAACUUAAAAGACAAAGAAAUAUUAGAAAAGCAAAUCGCAGAAUUAAAAACCGAUCUUGCAUCCAAAAAUCAACUUAACGAAGAAUUUGACAGUAAGCUAGCUAAUCUGAACAAAGAGUUGAGUAUUAAGCAAGCUAAUAUUGUUGACUUACAACAAAAGCUUUUUUCUCUUCAACAAAGUCACAGUGCUUUGGAAGAAAAUUUAAAAUUGCUUCAAGGUGAUAGUCGAAAAGCAAUUAAUCUAAAAUCUGUUUUGGUGUCUUCCAUGGGUAUUGAUAAAGAGCACUAUGAACAUUUGAAGGUGGAUGCAGUUAAUGAUUUGGAUAUCGUUGAGUUACAGAAUCUGUUGAAAAAUGUAAUUUUAACCAUGAAUAUACCUUACGAUUAUCUACAUCAAAAAUUGGUUUUAACUUCGAUAUAUGUUCGUUUGGAACGAGGUUAUUUGGUGAAAUUUGCUCACAAAUUGCAUUAUCUAUUGUAUAAUGAUAAAAUUCACAUUAAAGAGUUUGAAAAAAUGGCACUAGGAGAAUAUAAUGUUGUUAAAAAUAUCGAUAAAGUCAACCAUCCUUUAAAACAAUGCUUAGAUAGGUUAUUAGUUGAUAUUAUAGAAAGAUUUCGAAAAAAUAUAUAG